AUGGCUUACUCCAACAUCCGACUUGCAAGCGCUCGCCUGGUGGACCUUGACGGCACCAUGGAUGCUGAUCCCGUUGUGGACUACACUACUACUGCAAGCUACCGCAAUGGUGUCGACGAUCCUGUUCUCGACUUCAUGGACCUCCUCGCUGAGAAAAAGACGCCCGCCACCGGCAUCAAGACUGGCGAUCGCCAGACGGCCAAGAAGAAGGCCGCGAAGCGCCAGCGGGCCGGCAGAAAGCGACCUCUCACUUCCGACGCCGUCCUCGCCGCCAAGAGGGACAACGGCGGCGUCACCAAGCGCGGCCCCAAGAUCACCAUCCGCGCCAGCAUCGGCGGCGUCGGCGGCCGCAAGGUCGCCACCAAGAUCAUGGGCCACGAGAACGUGGUCAACCUCAGCCGCCUGGAAGUCCACCACGGCCUCCAGGUCCACACGCCCGGCUUCUACCGCGAGAUGUUCAACUUCCAGGAGCGCAUCGCCGACACCCUCGAGGACAAGGAGUGGGCGGGCGAGCGGGGCUACUGGCGCGUGGUCGCCGACCUCGUGGACUGCCUGGCCGCCGUCCCCUUCUACAAGAACCUGAGCGUCUUCGACCGCAUCUCCUCCCUGAUCCGCCAGGUCAUCCGCCUGAUCGUCAGCGCCAACGAGGGCGACAAGACCGACAGCGCCCUGGCCUACCGCCACCAGGACACCAUGGACGAGGCCUACUGGAACAAGGUCGCCGAGAAGUACAAGGCCCAGCUCAAGAUCCGCUGCGACGCCCUCUCGGGCCGCCUCCUCUAUCUGCUCAUCUCCUGCCUCGUCGCCGACCGCCGACAGUUCAAGGCCAUGGCCGAGCUGCACGAGAGCCCGGGUCUCGACCGAACCCAGGGACAGCUCUAUUGCCACCCUCGUGUCCAGGCGUAUUUCGAGGAGCAGUGCCAGAAGGUCAACUCCACCGGUCUCAAGUUCAAGGAGCGCAAGCUGAUCCAGCUCAUCGACCGAUGGAUCUACUUCAUUGAGCGCGGCACGGGCUACGCCCUCGACGACCAGCUUAUUGCCAACUUCUCUCUGAGUGGCUGA